AUGCAUAUCCGCGAGAAACUAGCCAAAAAUGAGGCAGAGGGGAAGACUGGAAUCUCUUUCGAGUUCUUCCCUCCCAAGACCGCCCAGGGUGUACAGAAUCUCUAUGACCGAAUGGAUCGCAUGCAUGGAUUGGGUCCCUCAUUCAUCGAUAUCACCUGGGGUGCUGGCGGUCGCUUGUCGGAUCUGACCUGCGAGAUGGUCAAUGUGGCACAAUCGGUUUAUGGCUUGGAGACUUGCAUGCACCUGACUUGCACAGAUAUGCCGCUGGAAAAAGUCGAUGAAGCACUCCAAGCUGCUUACAAGGCAGGCUGUACCAACAUUCUGGCUCUUCGAGGAGACCCACCCCGUGACAAGGAAACUUGGGAGGCCACUGAAAAUGGAUUCCGCUAUGCAAAGGAUUUGGUGAAAUAUAUUCGAGAGAAAUAUGGCAAUCACUUUGACAUUGGUGUGGGUGGCUAUCCUGAGGGUGCCGACGACAACUCUGAUGUGGACCAAUUGAUCGAUCACUUAAAGGAGAAGGUUGAUGCAGGCAGCUCCUUCAUUGUUACUCAGAUGUUCUAUGACGCAGAGAACUUCAUUGAGUGGGUGAAGAAAUGCCGCGCCAAAGGCAUUACUGUCCCAGGUUCGAGUCCCCCCGAGUGGAUGGAGGCCCUUGAGCCGGUUAAGAAUGACGACUCCGCGGUUCGAGAGAUCGGAAAGACCUUGGUUGCCGAGAUGUGCAGAAAGCUGAUUGCCGCUGGUCUCAAGCACUUGCAUUUUAGCCGUGAAUAUGCUGAUAUCAUACCUAGCUACACCAUGAACUUGGCCCAAGCGACUCGGUUGGUUCUCGAAGAACUCAACCUUACUCCAUCGGAUGAUUCCCCUAUUCAGCGCGCCUUGCCCUGGCGGCCUUCCCUUGCCCUCAAUCGGAGAUCGGAGGAUGUGCGACCAGUGUUCUGGCGCAACCGAAAUUCGUCAUACGUUGCUCGUACCCAGACAUGGGACGAGUACCCCAACGGUCGCUGGACUGACUCUCGCUCACCUGCGUUCGGUGAGCUCGACGCAUACGGUGUGGGAUUGAAGGGCACAAAUGAACAGAACAUUCAACUUUGGGGCGAGCCGAAGUCGAUCAAGGAUAUGUCGGACAUCUUUGUCCGUUUCUUGACCGGCAAGCUCGACAGACUUCCUUGGAGCGACUCGCCAAUCUCCACCGAAGCCCACGAUAUUCAGGAGGACUUGCUGAACUUGAACCAGCGCGGAUUCUUGACAAUCAACUCUCAGCCUGCUGUCAAUGGAGUCAAGUCGUCCCAUCCUAUUUACGGAUGGGGUCCAAAGAACGGUUUCGUUUACCAGAAAGCCUACCUUGAACUUUUGGUUCCCUCCAACUUGCUUGAUGAGCUCAUCACUCGCAUCGAGAAGAACAAUGACUUGACCUACCAUGCCACCAACAAGAAGGGCGAGCUGAAGACCAAUACCCGUGAUAGCCCCAAUGCGCUGACAUGGGGUAUCUUCGCUGGACGUGAGAUUAUUCAGCCCACCAUUGUCGAGACCGUUAGUUUCUUGGCCUGGAAGGACGAGGCAUACCUCUUGGGUGAUCACUGGUCCAAGUGUCAUGACGCAGCAAGCCCUAGUCGUAAGCUGAUUCAGAAUAUGAUGAACGACUGGUACCUCGUCAAUAUCGUCGACAAUGACUUCCACAGAUCCAAUGCUGUCUUCGAACUCUUCAAUGGCCUCGAGAUCAAAGACCUCGAUGUUGAGGUGUCUGGAACCCCAUUGACUAACGGCCGCGCCGAACCAAAUGGCAUUGAAGCCAACUAA